GAGUUUAUUUUGAGGUUCAUAUUAAGGUGCCCUGGCAAUUGUAUAAAUGGUAGUAAAGCUUUAAAAGCUGCAUUUGAAAACUUUCAAUUCACCUUUUUUCUAAAGCUUAGCUGUCAGUCGUUAUUUCUUCAGUCAUCGUUCGAAUAUUGUAUAUAAUGUCGCUUAUUUUUGUGUAGAUACAUACAUAAACGGGAUUUGCUUAAACUUCGAAAUAAAUUUGAAAAUUUUAAUUUCGUGUAAUUACAUAUGUAUGUAUGUUACUGCAAUACUUACUUUCAUAUGUUGGGCCACUUGUUUGUACUGUUUAUAGUGCAUCACCGUUCAACAAUAUUUGAUAUGAAAUAUUCAUACGUACAUAUUGUUGGCAACGCCGCAACUAUAGCGUCUCGUUGAGAAAUUCAAUUCAGUACCAGAUAGGCUACGCAACUGGAAAGAAUAAAAUCAUACAGUCCACGAAGCCCCGCUUGUCUUAUUCCUGAACAUAUUGUUAGUCCAUCGUACCAGAUUCUUGGACAGUUAGUGAAGUGCUUUGGAACUCAGGGUAAUUGGUUGCAAUGGAUCAAUUAAAAGCACUAGUGAAGAGCCGUGCCAGGCUCAAGGUCAACAUUACACGCACACUGGCAUGUUUUGAACAAACGGAGUCUACUGCGCAGUCGGAGUACACUACACGUAUGGAACUGCCGCAGGCAGUUUCACGAGAAUGUGGAAGGUAAUGUUGAUCCGGAGAUCGACAACGCGACCUACGAAUCCAAAUUUCUAAGGGCAAACGCACUACUCAUGGAGAAAAGUAAUGCUCUACAACCGAGUAAAUCUGCAGGCAUGGGAAGUGGAAGCAACGUGCUUCAUUCAAACAGUGACGUCAUCGUAAACUUGCUGCAACAAAACCAACAACUAUUCGAGCGGCUAGCAAUAAAUCGGGAAGUAUUAAACAUGAAGCUGUAUGAAGGUGCUGACGCAUUCGGUAUCGGGUCUGGCAGCACAGAGCGAAUUGCCCAAAAUUCAAAUCAAGCGGUUUUCUGGCAACUACACAGACAACUACAAGAUAUUUAUGAGAGCACAAUUCAUAACAAGCAGCAUCUGUCCAACACUCAGAUAAUUCGUCACUUGAAAACACUUCUUGUAGGUGGAGCUUCCAACUUAGUGCGACUCCUGGCAAUUACUGAUACGGCUUAUAGCACUGCCUGGGAUCGUCUCAAGGAAAGGUACAAUCAUCCUCGGCACAUUGUUUAUUCAUUUUUGGAGCAAUUUUUGAGCUUGCCAACUACCACUAAAAUUGAUGCAACAACCUUACGCAAGGUGUCUGACGGAGCAAACGAAAUUGUUCGAGGGCUGGAUGAAGUGAAUCAAACAGAACGAGACUGCUGGAUCAUCUAUCUGGCACUGGAGAAACUUGACGCUGACACUCGGCGCAGGUGGAUUGAGCGCAUUAUGGACACGGACUCACCCACUCUUGAGGAAUUCUUCAAGUUUCUAGAUUCCCGCUGCGAGGAACUAGAGCUGAGUAAACGGGAGCUUGCGGCUGUAGGCAAAUCAGCAAUGUAUGGCGAAAAGCCCAGAAGGGUCACACAAUCGAUGGUUGCAGUUGAAGGCAAUAGCUGCACCAAAUGUAAUUUUACAGGGCACACUUUGUAUGGCUGUCAGCAGUUUUUGGGUCCGUCUGGCGUUCAAAGACGUGAAGGAGAAAUCAUUAUGCUUCAACUGUUUGAGUCCUGGACAUGGGGUCAGAAAGUGCAAGUCAACAUACAAAUGCAAGCAAUGCAGACAUCAUCACUCCCUUCUCCAUAUACAUGGUAAUCAACAAACUGUUGGAAAUCUUGCCCAAAUAGAAGGAAAAAACGAGCACAACACGAUUGAUCAGGACACUUCCGUCACAACAAGUCACUUGGCCCAAGGAGCGGGCACACCAGCGGUUGUAGGUGCACCAGGCACUGUAGUAUUCUCAAAGGAAAAUGGAAUCAAGUGAAGCAUACUACCCACUGCCAUGGUGUAUGUUCAGAACGCGAACAGAGACAUUUUAACAUGCCGAAUCUUAUUGGACACCGGCUCCGAGCUUUCUUAUGUUUCCGAACGUUGCAUCCAGGCUUUAGAAUUUGCACGAUCUUCAUUUCGCAUAUUGGUUACAGGAAACACAUCGGUGAAAGCAACACCACAAGGGGAUGCAGCAAACUCCAUAUUAAGUCGCGUAUAUCGGAUGAUAACUUGGUUGUCAACGCUCACGUGCUGGGAAUAAUCACUUCUUCGCUAGAAAGACAAAACAUCGACGCAUCGUCACUGGAGGUAUUCAAGAAUCUCCAGCUGGCAGAUACACACUUCAACGCAAACGCACCAGUGCAAACUCUUUUGGUCAGUGAACACGUUUGGUCCUUAUUUACUGUUAGAAAGCUGUACAACAACAAGGGCGAUCUAAUCGCAAUUUCAUCGGUCUUCGGCUGGCAUGGCAGCCCAUCCAAGCAACGCUAUUGCACUAACUACAACAAUGGACAUUGACGCAUCGCUUCAGAAGUUUUGGGAACUGGAAAACAUUCAAAUAGCACCAAAUCGGAACCGGAGUAUCAACAAGUCGAGAAGCACUUUCUUAUCACUCACCAUCGCAACGAGAACGGAAAGUAUAUCGUGGAACUUCCAUUCAACACACCGAACCCUGAAUUUGGAGGUGCUCUUCAAUAAGCGCUCAAACGUCUUAAAUCUGUGGAGCGACGAUAACAACAGAACGAGCAGCUGAGUACACAGUACGUAUACUUUAAAGGGGAAUACAUCAAUCUUUGACACAUGAGAGAAGUACCGCCAGACGAAAUUGCUUCCUAGUAUCCAGCGCGAUCUAUUUGCUGUAAAUAGAAAAUUAUGUGACGAGAGAACCCAAACGAUCAUGUCAAGUAUUUCCAAUUAUGCACAGUGACUUACGGAACUUCAAGCGCACCAUUUCUGGCAAUUCGCGUACUGGAGCAACUGGCUGUCAAUCAUCAACAGCAAACGCUGCGAAAAUCCUGCUGGAUGAUUUUUACGCUGAUGACGUUUUUACUGGUUCGAAUAGCGAGGAUGAACUAUUACGAAACCGAAACGACUUGAUUGAGCUGAUGUCUUGCGCUAAUCUUGAGCUCGGUAAAUGGGUAUCUAAUACUCCCUGCAUACGAGCGAUCGACUCCAAGGGCACUACUCAACCGUGGCCAGUUUAAGCUCUUGGGCUAGCUGCAAAUCCCAACUGUACAAAGAGACAAGUCUUGUCGGUCGUGUCAAGGAUAUUUGAUCCUUCUGGACUUUUGGCACCCAUCGUGAUUCAAUUAAAAAUAUUGUUUCAAAUGCUCUGACUUCUCAAUCUGGAUUGGGAUGAUCAACAGCCAAGCAAACUGGCAGACAAUUGGUUAAAAUGGCGAGCAGAUCUAGACAUUCUUCAGAAAUUCCAAUUUCCAACAUUGAAUUCCACGGAUUUUCCGACGCAUCAACAAGGGCCUACGCUGCUGUUGUCUACAGCAGGAUGGUUAAAAAGGAUUGCUCAUUUUCGGUGUCAAUAGUGGCUGCAAAAACCACUAAAACAACAAUCGCUGUCGCGCCUGGAACUUUGCGCUGCACUUCUUCUGAGGCAACUUAUAUGCUCGAUCAUUAUGGAUUGCGACACAAACAGAUUACCGUUUUUGCCUGGACGGACUCAUAGUGCAUAGUUCUCUCCUGGCUUUCGUAUGCACCGGCUCAGCUUAAGACAUUUGUUGGGAACAGGACCUCGGAAAUCUUAAAAAUCAUUCCUAUGCAAGCCUGGCGUCACGUGGACUCCAAAUCAUACCCUGUGCAUCCAGGGGUCUGAUGGCUGCAGAUCUGAUGGACUUUAAUUUGUGGAGGAAUGGACCUGAGUGGCUAUGGGACCAAGAGUAUUACUCGGCAAAGCUGAACGACUCACGAUUUGGUUUAUUUAUAUCAGACAAACGCAUUCAAGGAGAAGUCAAAAGCACCUGUUUGGCUACAAUUGCUGAUCCAAGUUCAUUGCAUCCACUCGAUGAACUCGUCGUUCGAGUGUCUUCUUGGCUAAUGCUCAUUCACAUUAUCGGCUCUUUAUACGAUUUGUCCAGCGCGUACGAAAUCCAACUUGACGAGCACAAUUUUCUGAGAGUUGGCGGACGUCUGCACCACUCGCAGCUACCAACAGAGGCCAAACACUCAGUUUUGCUACCAAAAGCUCAUCGCAUUUCGAAGCUAAUACUUGAGCACGAGCAUCGAGUAAACAUGCACCCUGGCGUUUUCUCACUCUUCGUUAUUGUUCGCAAAAAUUCUGAAUAUUUGGAGCACGUAAUCUAAUAAGGAAAAUUACACAUGAUUGCUUGUCUUGCUCACAUCAGCAAAUGGCGGGCUUACCAAGCGUGCGUAUAACUUAACACUUCCAUUUUCUAACACUGGUUGCGAUUAUGCAGGACCAGUUCUCCUAAAGAUGCCAAAUUACGCAAGCCGCAGAUAAGCAAGGGCUUCAUAUGCCUUUAUGUUUGGUUGGUCACCUCGGCCAUACAUUGGAACUCGUUACGGAUCUGACCACAGGAACGUUUUUGGCAGCUUUGCGGCGCUUCAUAUCAUAACGUGGAAAGACAACGGAACGAAUUGCAAGAACUGCUAUCAUCACAACAGCAUCAGGACAUUGUCACCAGCACCCUUACGGAUGAUGGAAUCCAAUGGGUAUUCAUUCCUCCGAGAGCAGCUCACUGGGGAGGGAAGUGGGAAUCCGCAAGUAUAUGUGUAAAACUGCAUCUUCACAGAAUCAUCGGGAAUUCUACGCUCACCUUUGAGCAGAUGCGCACCUUGCUCACACAAAUCAGUGCAGUGAUAAACUCAUGCCCCUUAUGCUACACACCGGACACAGAAGCUAACUCCUCUCUAGCGGAUCCUGAUAUAAAGCAUAUUCUAGUGGGUCGAUGUGGAUACUGGCAAACCAUUCAAACUUUGUAUCAAGGCUUCUGGAAAAAGUGGCAUCAGGAGUACCUGAUUACUCUACAACAGCGCCCAAAGUGGGCCACGUCAACACCCAACAUAUCGAUUGAUGAUGUUGAAUUGCUUUAUGAGUCUAAUACACAACCAGCAGCAUGGCAUAUCGCAAGGAUUAUUGAAACCUAUCGAGAUAUUUUAUUUUAUUUUAUAUACAUGACUGCGAUAUAUGUAAA